AUGGACGAGCUUCUCUGCAUCAUCUGCAACACAUCAGUGGCGGCUGUUGCCAAUGAGAGUGCUCCAGAGUACGUCCAGUGGCCCGGGUUCCUGUCAACGUUGGCUCUGGCCACGGACCAGGGCAGUAAGCUGGGUCUCUCCAAGAACAAGAGCAUCACCUGCUACUGUAGCACGUACCAGAUUGUGCAGUUAAAUUGGCUACCACUAGUAAUAAGCUUCAUCGCCAUUAGCAGUGCCAACACGGGUCUGAUCAUCAGUCUGGAGAAGGAGCUGAUCCCAUUCCUCGAAGAACUUCGACAAGUAGUGGAGACGGCUCAGAGCUUCUGGUCCUGGGCUUGGAACCAUUGUCCUCCCCACACUUUCUCUUAA